AUGGCGAUUGUGGAUGUGGAUAAGUUCUUGUGGAAAGAUGUGUUCAAAGCUGAUGGAAAAAUGGUUAAUGCUUAUAUGACAUGCCACAACGUGAAAGUUUGGGAGGCUAUGUUGAAUGAGUUUGGACUUCCACUAGGACUUCUUCCACUCGCCGAUGUAAUCGAAGUUAGUUUUGUUAGAAACACCGAUUACAUGCGUAUCUUGCAGAAGAAGAAAGUUGAACACAACUUUAAAUUGAUUGGCAAGUUGGUGAGUUAUGAUACUGAAAUCAAUGGUUACAUGUUGAAAAAGAAAAUUAAGAAGCUCAAAGGGGUGAAAGCCAAAGAACUCAUGCUUUGGCCUCCUGUCAAUGAAAUUAAUAUAGAUGAAACACUCAAUGGAAAGAUUCACUUCAAGAGUUUAGCUGGUAUCACCAAAACUUUCCCAGUUGAGGCUUUUGCUACGGGACAUUGGUUGGAAUAUAGUGUGUCAAAAGAUGAUGUGUUUUGCUUAUGUUGUUAUCUUAUGAGAUUUGAGAUUGGUGAAAACAAAGGUUGGGAUGCAUUUUUUACCGAGAGAUUUUCAAAUUGGAAAAAGAAAGAUAGACUCAAUGUCCAUGUUGGAGGUCCUAACAGUGCGCACAAUCAAGCUUGGAGAAAAUGUAAUGCAUUAAUGAACCAGAGGCAACACAUUGAAGUUGUGAUUAACAAACAAUCAGACUUGGUCAAAAGGGAAUACCGAAUUCAUUUGACAGGAACAAUUGAGUGUAUUCGACUUUUAUUGAAGUUGGGGCUGGCAUUUCGCGGUGAUGAUGAAUCAGAGGAUUCCAAGAAUAAAGGUAAUUUUCUUUAUAUUCUACAGUUUCUUGCUAAGAAUGAUAAAGAGUUUGGUGAAGUCUUGAAAAGAUGUCAGGGAAAUUUCAAAUUAGUGGCACCUAGCAUUCAAAAAGAUAUUGUGAAAGCUGCUUCAUUUGAGACCACAAAAGCUAUUAUUGUUGAUCUUAAAGAUUAUUUAUUCUCCAUUUUAAUUGAUGAAUCUCGAGACAUUUCAAAUAAAGAGCAAAUGGCUGUUGUUUUACGCUAUGUAGACAAGAAAGGGCAUGUUAUUAAGCGGUUUCUUGGGGUUGUCCAUGUUGAAAAUACAACUUCCAUUUCUUUAAAAGUAGAAUUGGAGUCCAUGUUUGCAAAUUACAAUUUAAGUUUGUCAAGAGUUCGCGGGCAAGGAUAUGAUGGGGCUAGUAAUAUGCGUGGUGAAUUUAAUGGCCUUAAAAGUUUGAUCCUAAAAGAAAAUAAGUCUGUUUUCUAUGUUCCUUGUUUUGCUCACCAACUCCAAUUGGCACUUGUGGCAGUUGCAAGAAAGCUUGAUGAUAUUGCUUGGUUCUUUAUGGUAGUCAACAAUAUAUCUAAUAUGGUAGGAGGUUCAUGUAAGCGUAGAGAUAUGCUUAGAAAAAGUCAGAUUCGUAAAGUAGGUGAUGAACUAGGGUGCGGAGAAAUUUCCAGCGGGCGUGGCUUGAAUCAAGAAAGUACAGUAACAAGGGUUGGAGAUACUAGAUGGGGAUCACAUUAUGGUACAUUACUAAGGUUGGCUUCUUUGUUUCCUUCUAUGUGUGAUGUGCUUAAUAUGAUUUUGGAAGAUAGCUCAAACUCAGACCAUCGAGUUGAAACUCGUCUAUUGUUGAAUAAUUUGCAGUCUUUUGAAUUUAUUUUUAAACUGCUUUUGAUGAGAAAUAUAUUGGGAAUUACUAAUUAUUUAUCUCAAGCAUUGCAAAGAAAAGAUCAAGAUAUUGUAAAUGCUAUGUCAUUAGUUAAAGUUUCAAAUGAUAGAUUGCAAAAGAUGAGAGAAGAUGGCUGGCAUAAUUUACUAUGUGAAGUGUCAUUGUUUUGUGAGAAGCAAAAUAUUGACAUUGUAAAUAUGGAUGAUGCAUUCGUGUUACAAGGAAAACCAAGGCGUUAA